AUGAAGUUCUUGUGGGCUGUGCUGCUCACCACGCUCUGCGUUGCCGCCUCCCUGGCGCACUGCAUCUACACCAAGCUGAAGAAGGCUCGUCGUCGGAGCGAGGAUGCACGCCCGAAUGGCCUCUACGUAAUUUCCAACCCAAAGAACGCCAAGUUUGUGCAUUUUUUGAAGGAGGAUUUCCCUGAAGCGAGAAUUCUAUUGCACGCACAUAAUUCCGACUGGAUGAUCAACGCACCCAUCAAGACUGCGCGACAGAUUGGCGAGCAGCUGAUUGCCGAGCUUACGGAACAUCUUUCAAAGCACUUGGCUCUAUGCGCACACGGGGAGAGGUCAUCCGAUAUAAUUGACAACACCCAUGCCAUCGUAUUCCUUGGAACUCCCCACCUAGGAUCGCCGCUAUCAGUCAUUGGUGCCACCGUGACGGCUAUGACCAGCGUGCUGGGUUCCAGUAACACACUUCUUCUCAUGCUGGGGCAAAGAAACGAUCAACUUUUGGAUCUGGAGAGACGGUUCAACAGCUUGAUCAAACUUAAAGAUGCCCGGCGGGGCAAAACCGAGCUACUGGCUUUGCGCGAGGCCAAGCCUUUGACACUUGGCUGGCUCUCCUUUGGGUUGCUGUUCGUCAAAGAAAAUCUUCCCUGCGUACCAGGGGCCGCAUUCGACGAUGCGGAGAACGGAGCUGAAGCGUGCCUUGCUGGCACGCGCAUUGAACUUCUUGGCGAUAUCAGAGUAUGGCUGCGCGAUCCCGAAUAUGAGCCCCUCUGCUGGUUACACGGCAAGGCUGGCACCGGUAAAUCAACAAUUGCCCAGUCUGUCGCUCGGGAACUGGCUGCAGCGGGGUUUCUAGCUGCCAGUUUCUUUUUCAAAAGGGGCGAGGGUGAUCGCGGCAAUGCUCGCCGCUUCUUUCCGACCAUCGCCGCCCAGCUCGUGAGCAGCUUUCCCGCGGCUGCUGCUCAGAUGCGACAUACGAUUGAAGCGAAUCCCGAUAUCGCGACCAAGUCACUGGGAGAACAGUUCAGGAUGCUCGUUCUCAAGCCUUUGGAGAACGUCUCCGUCGCAUCUCCAAUGACUGUUGUUAUCGAUGCUCUGGAUGAGUGCGGUGGAGAGAACGAUGUCAAAGACCUGAUCACCCAACUCUCACAUAUCAAGAAAAUCACGUCAAUCCCUCUGAACUUCUUCAUUACAAGCAGGAACGAACCGCCAAUUCGAGAAGGCUUCAAGAGCAUCCAGUCAACAGUUGAUGAGCUCAACCUGGAAGAGGUAUCUGAUCCCUCUAUUGAGCAGGAUAUCGAACGCUUCUUGCUUUUCCGGUUAGAAGGUAUUCGCAGUCUUGCACAAUUGUCUCCUAGUUGGCCACAGGGCAAGGAGUUUGAUCUCCUGUUCAAAAUGUCUGUCCCAUUGUUCAUAUACGCAGCGACUGCCUGUCGCUUCAUCGAAGAUAAACGCAUCCCGGGCGGACCUGAAGGCCGACUGAGACGCUGGACGGAGCAUAUAGGAGGGUCGAGACUACAUUAUACCUACCGACCUAUUCUGAAACAGUUAAUCGACGGCCUCGACGAACCUGAUAAAGAAGACAUCGUCAACCAAUUUCAUGAGAUUGUCGGCACUAUUAUCAUAUUAGCCGAGCCUCUCGACGCCAUUUCACUCGAAUGUCUCUUGUCUAAACCACGUCAUUAUUUUGAUGGUUUGCUAGACUACUUGCAUUCUGUGCUGGAUAUUCCACUCAGUCGUGUGCAGCGAAUCAAACUAUUUCACUUGUCUUUCCGCGACUAUCUUGUCGACCCGAAGCGUGGCGCCCUUGAGUUUCACGUGGACGAAAAAGAAGCGCAAGGAAGGGUUGCAAGACACUGUCUUCGACUACUCUCUAAUGGCCAGUCGCUGAGACAGGAUAUCUGCAGUCUCUCGCAUCCUGGCACGCAACGAAGAUAUGUUCCACAGACAAAGAUUGAUGAGUGUCUGCCCCUGGCAGUCCAAUAUGCCUGCCUACACUGGGCGGAUCACUUUAUCCACAGCGAAGACUUGAUUGACGAUCAACACGCGGUCUACUCGUUUCUUUGCACCCACUUGCUUCAUUGGUUAGAAGCGUUGAGUCUUUUGAAACGACUUGACAGAGGCGCCUCACAAUUGCUUAAACUUCAAGUACGAACCACACAUCGUCAGAAACACAUUUUAAGCUCAACGUCCAAAAUGGACGAGAGAGUUUUUGGCGCAUUGGAUGGUACAAUCGUGGUGAUGGACCCCGUCACAUGGCAUUGUCUUCAAGUCCUUGAAGGGCAUCAAGGCAUCGUCUGGCAGUGUGCCUUGGCGCCCAAUGGAGCUUUCAUCACAUGUUCCCAUGACAAGACCAUCAAGAUCUGGGACCUCCCCAGCGGAACGUGUCUGAAAACACUCUUAGGCCACAAGGAUGCUGUCGUAUCGAUUGCGAUCGCCGCAAACGAUUUCGUAGCAUCCAGGUCUUCAGAUGGAACAGUCAAAGUGUGGCACACAACGACUGGGGAAUGCUUGUGGACGUGUCCUAUCAGUGCUGCCAAGGAUGCUGACAUUGCUCUCGCCUCAGACAAUGGAAAGAUUCGACUAGCUGUAGUUGACACUGAGGGGCACAUCAGGGUUUUCGACCCGGCGACUAAGAGUUGCCUCCAGACUCUCAAUGAAGUUCCUCGUAUCAUAGAAACCAUGGCAUUUGUCCUGACGAGUCGUCUUGAACUACUGGUGGCUACAUACUCUCCGGGGACACUCGUAAUCUUGGACUUGAAUACUGGGGCUCGGGUGAAUGAACAGGGCCAGUGGUGCAUAGCUAUCCGGCCAAAAGCUCUCCCAGAUGGAAAGCCCUGUCAACAGGUGCUGCUGGUUCCGAUGGGCAGACGCCACGCAACCUUGGAAUUCUUGACGCGUCCAAGCAGCGUUGACACUGACAUGAGUUCUAACAAUCUCAAGAACUGGACUGACGGGGCAAUGGAAGUCGUCGAUGGCAUUCCAUCGAUUGAUAACAUACGACGUUGCUGCGCACUUUCGAAUGAUGGAAGAUGGUUAUCGGCUGCCGGCUCAGAAACUUACUCGGUCCGUAUGUAUGAUAUGCAACUUGGUACUCUACUUCCUUCAUUACUCAAGCUAAAUCCAAGAUCUAACGUACAAGCAGAUCACGAAAUAAAUGACACACAAAAGGCCGCAGCACUUGAGCUAGGGUAUGAAGCGAACAAUGACAAGCAUGAACGCACAAUAUCUGUCUGCCUCUCAGCCGAUGCCACGCUAGUGGCUGAAAUGUCUAGCGACCUCACUAUCAGGAUCUGGGACCAUGACACUCGUCAUGUUCAGCAAACCUUGGACUGUGAAGAAGAGAGUUGUCGGACCUCAGAUCUUAUGGUCUUCUCGCCGAACAAGCUGUUGCUCGCGUUGGCAUACGAGGAAAAACUGAAAAUUUGGGACAUUCCUACUGCCAAAUAUAUUGCGAACUUCGAAAUACCGAGACACGUCUACUCGAGGAGAUCUGGUUUUUGCUUCUCGAAUGACAACGAGAUCAUGGCUUGGACCUGCCGGGGAGCGCCUCCUGUCAUUUUGAAAUGGCGGGAAGGAAAGAACUUUUUACCUUUCAAGCUUCAAUCAAACAAUUACAAAUCCCUUCCAUACGGUAAAGGAAAGCUAGUGUUUUCCAAAGACAAUAAUCUUCUCAUAACUGCCGACAACCGAGGACGAGCUGUCAUUUGGGACAUCUCGAAGAUGACUUUUCUCGGAAUUAUUUACAGGAACGACAACGUCCUGAGCACCGCCGGACUCUCCAGUCAAGAAGCAUUCAAAGAUCUCACCACAACAAACGGAACGAUAAAAAUCGACCUUGCAUCCCUGAGGUCGAUCAUAGACAUUCCAUCACUUGGGUACUCCAAUAACUGGAUUCAAAGAGACAACGUCGCUAUUCUGUGGAUCCUAUUCGAAUACAGACCACCUGAUUCGAAUCGAGCAGUUGCUAUUAAUUCCUUAAAAGGUCUCAUCUACAUUGGUGCCGAAUCGGACAGGGUCUGGUCUUUACAGUUGUCGCUCCCCGAGCUUGACCAACUUGUUGAGAAAUAUUCCUGGUACUCUAAACAGAACAACAACAGCGCGUCUAUCAUCUCUUCAGAGUCAGACGCCUCAGGAGAUCGAUGA